AUGGAGACAGAGUUGAAUCAACAAGAAAUCGAUCAAAUUAGAAAAGCAACUAUUGCUAGACAACAAUUGAUUGCUGCAACUGAGUUUAUAUACACAGCUAAAUACUUAAAGGUUGCAGGUGGUGCACCAGAUUACAUUAGAUAUGAAAGAUUCCCACAUACAAUUAGAAUUUUCAGAGAGACUGGUUUCGCAAUGAACCCAAUCGAUAAAGUAAACAGAAUGAGAUCCGGUGAGAUUCAAUGCAUUGGUCCACAGACCGUUGUAGCUAACGAAGGUUUUGAAAUUAACCCAAGAAAAUAUUACUCUGAAUGGGAUAUCGAUUACAGACAAUUCGCUCAACACUUGAAAGAAUUCUCAAAUUAA